CUUCCAUCUUCCGCGGGUCGUAACAACUCAGUCCAUUCUUUUUCUUCAGCACUUUGGCAAAUCUGCCUUUCCGUUCCUUAGUCCAUUUCUCACCCAACAUGCGGUGCUCUACUUUCCUCGCCCUGGCUGCAUCAGCCUCCGGCGCGUCCGCUCAUUACUUCUUCCCCCACCUCAUCGUCAACGGCAACUUCACCGGCUACAACGAAUACGUCCGCGACAACAGCGCGGGCUACAUGCCCUUCAAGAACGGCUACGACAGCACCGACCUCCGAUGCCGUACCGGUUCCAUGGAACACGCCGCCACUACGGGCGUCUACAAAGUCAAGGCGGGCGACGAAGUGGGCUUCGGCCUCAACUUUGGCGGCACGAUUCAGCACCCGGGUCCCAUGCAGGCCUACCUCUCCAAAGCACCGGGCGACGUUCGCGAGUACGACGGUUCCGGCGACUGGUUCAAGAUCUAUGAGCUCGGGCCAAAGUCCUUUUCAAGCGAGGGUAUCGAAUGGGGCGUCACCAACGUCGGCAACUUUACGUUCAAGUUGCCCGAGGAGACGCCUGCUGGGCAGUACCUCAUGCGAAUCGAGCACAUUGGCGUUCAUGGAGCUGGUGACUUUGGUGGUGCGGAGUUCUACUUCAACUGCGCGCAGAUCGAAGUUGAGAGCGACAGUACCGCCGUCCCCGGCCCGACUGUCAAGAUUCCGGGAUUGUACGACGGCCACGAGCCCGGUAUCGAGUUCUACAUGUACCGUCCGUGGAUCGUCAACUUCACGAUGCCCGGGCCGGCUAGAUGGCCCCAGCCUCUUGUGGAGAACGUCACCGCACAAGGUGUCAGUGUGGCUCCGACAGCUACCCCUUGGACACUCCCGGCAGUCACGUCCACAAUUAGGGGACAGGAUAUUUCGUCCUCAGCGGCGGCAGUCGUGCCCACGAGCCUUGCCUCCGCAGCAGUGCCCUCUGCCAACACGACGUACUCGUACACCCCUACAACCGCGAUUGGCGCAAGUGAAUCAGCGGCUUCCAAAAGUGAGAUUAGCGAGUUGGUGGUGCCAACCGUUAGCUCCGCUGCGACUUUGAGUGCAACGGCUGCGCCUUUGACCACCACUUCCAAGAAGUCUCGAUGCCCACCACGAAGCACUGUGAUCAGCACGAUUUACGUUACUGCAAGUGCUUAAAUCAAAGCUCAGAGAGUUGAGUGUCUUCUUCUAGAAUCAACUCUUUAUAUCUGUGAUGACACAUGAGUCAUGCGAUGCUGGGAGUUGCAAAAGACGAAGUGCCUUCUGCAACUUACAUGUAGUUGCCGCAUUGUCAAACGUAAACACCGGGGUCAAUACCAUGCCUGGGCACGCUGCAAUGGCGUUGAAGGCCAAACCUUGAAAGUCAGGCUAGAGCUUGUUUUCUAUUCACUUCUGACUGUAUUAUUAUACUUUUUAAAUCAAAUAUGAAACCCUUGGCCAGGUACCCAGAUGCUAUAGAUGAGCAGCAGCAUGACCCUAUCCGGAACUGGUAACUUUAGUGAGAAAUGGCAGAAGCCUCUUGGACUUCGAGGUGCCUUGAGGUAGUCAGCACAGGGC